AUGAUCGUUUGUAAUUUUUUAGUUAUGUGCGUUUGACAUAUCGGUUCUGCUCGCGUGAUCGCUACUUGCAAUAGACGAUUUACGGGUUUAUUUAAUGUAAUUAAGUAUUUAAAGCGAUAGACAGAGCAUAUAUAAUGGCAGAUCCCGGAGGAUGGGCCCCGGCCCAGGAGAAUGACUUUUCCAAUUUUCAAUCAAAUGACAGUUUCAACUUGAAUGAAGUCACUGGCAUCGAUGAUCUCCUUACAAAUUGUGAGAAUGAGUUGUUGAAAACAGAACUUUUCAGCGAUGAGGCCCUACUCUCUGAAUUGGAUGAACCUAUGCCUAUGGAUGGAGAUUUCAAUUUCUUAAAUCUUAAUAACACUGACGAAUUUAAGGAUUUUAAGGAUUUCAAAGAUUCAACAAUUCUUGAAUCACCUAAUACAAAUGUUAUGGUAACGCAACAAGCAGUGCCGGAUAAUAAUCAGCCUGUUACUUAUGUACAACAAGAUGUCCCAUCGGUACAACAAAAUCGACCGCAGAGAAUAUCAGUGGCUUCAACAACACCUACGGUGUUUAGUUCACAAUACACAAUUCCACAAAAUGUAAAUUUCAAUGUUCAAUCACCGAACGUUGUAACCUUAGCUCCAGUUGCCCAACAACGACAACUACUUCUGCCAGCCAAAUUGAUAAAAUCAGAAUCUCUUGUAUAUUCGAAAGGCGCACAGUCCAUUACGACAACUUCUGUUCCACAUCAGAUACAUACUCUCGUGAAUACUGCAAAUGGGACGGUAUUAACUACUGGGAUUCCUGUAGUGUUGGAUACCGAUAAGGUACAAAUUAAUCGUUUGAACACGGGCACGCAUGUGGGUGUACCAAGAGUGAGAGAGGUGAAACGCAGCGCGCACAAUGCUAUCGAGCGGCGUUACAGGACGUCAAUCAACGAUAAAAUAAUCGAAUUGAAAAACAUUAUAGUUGGAAUCGACGCCAAGUUAAACAAGUCGGCAAUUUUGCGUAAAACCAUCGAAUAUAUCAGAUUUCUGCAGAAUACUAAUGCAAAAUUGAAGGCUGAGAAUUUGUCGCUGAAGAUGGCUGCUCAACGGCAAAAUCUUCGCGAGAUGUUGGUCUGCGGAGAACUGACGCCUCCACGUUCAGAUUCGAGCGAACCGUCCCUGUCACCACCACCGGCACCACUUUCACCACCGUCGCCGUCAUCCGUGAAGGACGAUUCGGACACACUGCAGAGUUUGCAUCCUGUGCCAACUUCGUCCAACGGCGGCAUGAGGGAUCACACUCGAUUAACGCUUUGUGGAUUCAUGUUGUUAUUCUUGGCGUUCAACCCUCUUGGUAUUCUCAUCAACAAUGUCGGGAGAUUCAAUUAUGAUUAUUUAAAUACAAAGUUGGACGGACGGACGAUACUCAAUUACCAAGAUCAAUCGGAAUCGGACAAGCAGCUGUGGAGCAACAUUAUUCUUUGGUGUACCAAUCUGAUACUCUUGGCAGGCGGUCUUUGUCGAUUGUUGCUGUAUGGCGAUCCCGUGUUACCCACCGACAGCAAGGUCUUCCUCGAGUUACGUCGCUGGAGACGUCAAGCCGAAUUCAACAUGUCUAAACACGAGUAUAAUCAGGCGUACCGAGAUUUGCACCAGUGCCUGCAGUACUUUGGCCGAUCCUUUCCGUUGUCACGUACGGAGAUCUAUCUUGCCACCACGUGGCAGAUAGUGCGACAGGUUCUUCACAAAUUAUGGCUGGGAAGAUGGAUCAUGCAGAUCAGCAAGUGGCUGUCGGAGAAGUCGGAGCGACAGCAGGCAGAGAUGUCCGCCGUUGAGAUAGCCAUCGUCUACCAGCACAUGCUUUGCUUGCGCUUGUCCGAGGGAACGAAGGACUCCACGUUGUAUCUCGCUCUCUGCGCCCUGAAUUACGCGGAGGCCGCUGGCGAAAGUAUACCGAAGCCGCUUUUGGCGGAGAUAUAUGUGAAUGCCGCGCUGUGUCUGAAGCAAUCUUUCUUCCCGUACAUACACAAAUAUUAUCUGGGCAAAGCGCGUGUCCUGUUGUCCUCUUGCGCCGUUCCUGCGAAAUUGAAGUGGAUCAUGACCGAUGAGGGCGCGAGAUUCUUGGCGUUGCAGAAGUGGCAAUAUAAGAAGCAGCCUGACAGCGAGUUCACUUCGCAGAACAGUAGAGCGGACCCGCUGUCGUACGCGGCUCGCGCAUACAGGGAUCAUCUAAUUGAGCAGUGCCUGCGCUUGCUGACCGGCACCGUCGGAGAGUGUCACGCGUCCUCGGUCCUCGAGUUGGGACGAAUCAUCAUGGCCUCGGCGGAAGUGGACGCCUGUUUUGCGUGCACCGAUCAAAUCAACAUAGCGACGUGCGAGGAUGAGAUUGGAUUAUGGUGGGGCGCGGUGAUUUGUGCUGCCGCAAGUUGGAGAUUAGGCGAGGAAGACCCAAAGGCGUGGAGCAUCGUUGAAAGCAAAUUCCCGUAUGAGAGAAAUUUCCAAAUCGGCGAUAAUAAUAGCAGCAGCAGUCCGUUACCGCACGCUGUGCUCAAUGUUCUGCAAGCUGCAAAGCAUUCUACAAAGUUGAUGUCCAUGCGUUUCAUCGAUCAGGCGGGAUUGCUGCUUGAGCAAUCCAUGGUGUACUAUCAUUGCAAGGAGCAAUCGUCACAGCAAAUCUUGCUUACACAGUUGUGGGUCUGUGACUGGCUUCUUGAGUUACGCACGACACUGUGGCAAGACCAGGAUGUAGAAUCAGAAAGAUCUGUCGCAAGUAUGUCCCUUGCAGGAUUCCAGCGCGAUUUGGCAUGCUUGAGACAAUUGUGUCAACAUAUCCCAUCCGUAUUGGCGCGCGUCUUCUUAUACGAGGCUACAGCGCGCAUUAUGGCUGGUGCGACGCCGGUGAAGACUCAGAUUUUGUUGGAUCGAAGUCUGCAUCACAGAAAUUCACGAUCCUCCAUCAUAUGUGGAAAGGAUCGGUCGCAAAAAGAGCAGAAUAAUAGCGAGAGAGAGCACGCAGUCGCGUUAUGUCUCGCGUGCAGGCAUUUGCCUACGUUGUUGUUAGCCUCGCCGGGAGAACGCGCCGGUAUGCUUGCGGAGGCCGCUAAGACAUUGGAACGGAUAGGGGACAGAAAACGUCUUCAGGAAUGUUAUAAACUAAUGCGGCAACUAGGCUCCGCAAUCACUGUUAAUUAACGUGUUGUGACACUUGGCAUCCUUUAUAACAUUAUAUGAUAUAUAUGAUAAUGUUAAUAAUUGUAUGUAUGUGU